UCUUGCUACUUGACAGACCGACAUUGAUUCUCUAUGGUCGGUAACUUAUCCUGAUCAAGAAUUACUGGAAUAAAAGCAAGAAGUCUCAAAUUAAUCGUCUUGGUGUGAUCGUUGUGUGAUCCUGUUUUCAUCAUGAACGGGAAGAUGUUGAAAUUUCUCGCCGCCAUUUUGUUCCUGACAGCGUCAGGAUCUCAUGCGUAUUUGCACGAGGAAGGGAGGUGUAUGAUGUUCAGCGAAUGCGGGGGAAAUCCUGAUACAAAUUUUAGAUCAGAUCUAAAUUGCUUGGACAAUGAAGUAGCCCGGCCUACUGGAUCAGCAGCAGCCAUUGGUCUUCUAAAUGAUUUUUGUCCAGCUUACAACCCUGAUGAAGUCUGCUGUGAUCUUCAACAACUUAGAACCAUGCAGCCUUUAUUGACUGCACUGCGGCCUGCAUUCGGUCGUUGUCCAGCCUGUCUAGAAAACGUUUUGACUAUGAUGUGUCAGAUGGUUUGUAGUCCUCAGCAGAGUCUCUAUUCCAAUGCUACAGUCCUCCUGGUUAGCGAUGAUGGAGUCGGCGUCCGUCGCUUCGAUGCCUUCGUCGCACAGGAGUUCGCUGACGUCGCCUAUGAUUCAUGUAAGGAUGUUCAGUUCCCAGCUGCUAAUACACCUGUGAUGGAUGUAAUGUGUGGUGGGUAUCUCGGUGACGAUUGCUCCCCUCAAAGGUGGCUAGACUUCCUUGGUGAUACAGCUAAUGGAUUCAUUCCUUGGAAUAUUGACUUCACAGUUGUACCAACAGGAGAAACAGUCGAAGGCAUGGACGAAAGCAUGGAGCCCAUGAACCCUACCUCGUUUUACUGUAACGCACCUGUUGGCAAUCAAAGCAGCUGUAGUUGUCAAGACUGUGAACUCUCCUGCUCGGCCUUACCAACCAUCGGACCAGUUGUACCACCUUACAAAAUAGGUCUUAUGGAUGGAUACUCCUUCAUUAUUCUCAUGAUCUAUGUGGGACUCGCUUGUCUGUUCGUUGUCUCUCUCAUCCUUUAUAAUUGCCUUGUCGUCAGCAACGAUGAUGAAGAGCUCCCUCUCAGGAAGAAUGAAGUCAGGAUAGAACCCGAAGAUGUGGGCAAAUUGGAUAACUUUAAUAAAAAGAUGGAUGACGGUCUGAGGGAUUUCUUUACAUGGUGGGGAACAGGCAUUGCUAGGUAUCCCGUUUUGGUUCUUUUCAUCAUGGUCUGCGUCGUCGUAGCCCUCACAUGCGGUAUCUUACUGGUCGAGAUCGUUACGGAUCCCGUUGAGCUAUGGUCUGGUCCACAAAGUCGUGCUCGUCUUGAGAAAGAUUACUACGACGAAACAUUCGUUCCUUUCUACCGUACCACAUUGAUUUACAUCCGGGCUCCUGGCAUGGAUUAUGUCGAAUACGACACAUACAACGAGGGAAACAAAACGUUCGGACCAGUUGUGAAUUUAGAAGUACUAACCCAGGCUCUUGAUCUUCAGAAGGCAGUAGAGAACAUCACGGCUUAUUACAAAGGUUCACCAGUACGGCUGAGUGAUAUCUGCAACAAGCCACUAGCUCCCGUCGUGAACCAAUGCCUUAUUCAAAGUGUGCUACAAUGGUAUGGAAACAGUUAUGAACAGCUGAACAAAGUAGCAGUUGAUGGUGAGGGAAAGUCAGCCGAUUAUCGAGAUCAUUUCAUCUAUUGCAUGAAGAGUCCGCUUUCUUUGGAAGACAACACCCCUUUGCGUGAUAUGUGUGUUUCAGCUUUCGGUGGUCCAACCUAUCCAUAUGUUGCUAUCGGUGGUUAUCCAGACGAUGACUACAAUGAGGCCGAACUGCUGGCCAUCACUAUCCUACUCGACAACAAGAAAGAGAAUGAGACUGAGUAUAACAUGAUCUUAGAAUGGGAAGCUGAGUACCUGAGAUUCAUGGAGAGUUAUGAUAAUCCAAACUUCAUCAUCGCAUAUGCAGCAGAGCGUUCUAUCGAAGAUGAGUUGAUUCGUCAAAGUGAAGCUGAUCUGGUGACGAUCGCUGUCAGUUAUCUUGUUAUCUUUGCUUACAUUGCCCUGGCUCUCGGAGAAUUCACCAAGAUGGAUAGAUUGCUGGUUGAUUCGAAGAUUACUCUAGGCCUUGGUGGUGUUUUCAUCGUGCUUAGUUCAGUCUUUGCUUCUAUUGGUAUAUAUGGAUACUUUGGUGUCGAGACAACCCUGAUCGUCAUGGAGGUCGUACCUUUCCUCAUCCUGGCUAUCGGCGCUGAUAAUAUCUUCAUCUACGUACUAGACUUCCAGCGAGACCAUAGGCAAGAAGGAGAGUCCCGUGAGGAACAGAUCGGCAGAGUUCUGGGAAAGGUUGCUCCUAGCAUGUUGCUAUGUGGUCUCUCGGAGUCUAUCUCCUUCUUCCUUGGUGCUUUGACUGAGAUGCCUGCUGUUCGUAUCUUUGCUCUCUAUUCUGGUAUGUCUGUACUGAUUAACUUCAUUCUUCAGAUCACAGCCUUUGUCGCUCUCCUUUCACUCGAUGUGCGAAGACAAGAGAGUGGGCGUUUCGACAUUGUUUGCUGUAUACCACCUAAACACAAAGACCCUGUCCCUAAGAAGAUGGGAUUACUUCAGAUAGUGAUGAAGAAAUACUUCGCUCCAUUCGUCAUGAAGAAAUGGGUCCGCCCAGCUGUGAUCCUCAUCUUCACUGGAGUCACAUGUGCCUGUAUCGCUCUUACCCUCAAACUGCCUGUUGGCUUAGAUCAAUUUAUUACUAUGCCCAAGGACUCGUACGUACUUGACUACUUGAUGACAAUGGGAGAGUACAUGAAAGUAGGACCACCAGUCUAUUUCGUCGCCACCAGUGGCUUCAAUUACUCGAAUAUGCAAGGUCAAAAUAAGAUUUGUGGAGGAGCGGGAUGUAACGCAGAUUCUCUCACUCAGCAGAUCUACUAUGCUAGUCUUAUCAAAGAAAAGACUUACAUUGCUCAGCCUACAUCGUCAUGGAUGGACGACUAUUUUGAUUGGUUGAAGCCUCAGGUCAGUGGAUCAUGUUGUCGAGUAUCCAUCCCAGACGAAGAGUUCUGUCCAUCACAAGAUAGCCCGUACACUUUAUGCAGACCAUGUAUCCCACAAUCGGAGAGAAAUGAUCGACGUGAUCCAGUAACUUUCGAGGAGUUUUUACCAGAUUUCUUAACUGAUGUACCAAACGCAGUUUGCAACAAGGGUGGAAGCGCCGCCUACGGUAAUGCUGUACAGUUUCUAGGCUCAAGUGAGACGGUGAUUGAAGCCUCUUACUUCAUGACGUAUCACACUCCGUUAGUGACGUCACCAGAUUUUAUCGGAGCGCUUGAAGAGGCGUACAUUCUAGCCGACAGCAUUGAGGAGUCUAUGAGGGAAGACUACGAAGUGCCCGAAGAUUUCAAAGUAUUCCCUUACAGUAUCUUCUACGUGUUCUAUGAGCAGUACCUGACACUCGUUGAUGAAGCCAUUGUCCAGUUGCUCAUCGCCCUGGUGCCUAUCUUCGUAGUCAGUCUUCUCAUGUUAGGAUUUAGCGUCUCAGCUCCGCUCAUCAUCAUCGGCUGCAUCUCCAUGAUCGUCAUCGAUACCAUGGGUGUCAUGUACCUAUGGAACAUUGAGUUCAAUGCCGUCUCCUUGGUCAAUCUUAUGAUGGCCGUGGGUAUGUCAGUGGAAUUCGUUUCUCACAUCACCAGAUCAUUCUCUAUCUGCGUGAAGGAAGGUCGUCUAGAGAGGGCCGAAUAUGCACUCGCUACCAUGGGAAGUUCGGUUCUUAGCGGAGUAGCAAUGACAAACUUGCCAGGAAUUAUAGUGCUAGCCUUCGCCAAGUCCCAGCUCUUUGUUGUCUUCUAUUUCCGAAUGUUUUUGACGAUCACGCUGGUGGGUACCGUUCACGGUCUCAUCUUCCUACCCGUGGUCCUCAGCUAUAUUGGACCUGAUGUGAAUCUAGCUUACGUGUUAGAGGAUCAAGAGAGGAAGGAUGCUGAGAAGUUAGGUAACAGUGAGCACGGGAGCACCUCCAAACACGCUUACGAUAAUAACUCCAUCGAGUUGGAGGAAAGUGGAGAAAGAAAGAAGGAGAUGGAAGCUGAUGACCCUCCAGGCUAUGAAGUGGUGAUCGGAGCACCGACGAACUCGGUCGAAGUCCAGGCCGAUUUUCCGAUGAAUGAAGAUGAUACCGAUUUGAAGUUAUGAUUAUCAGAGGCAAUGCAAGAUGAAUCGGGAAAAAAUCCUAAUUAAGACCCGACAGUUGAAUGGUGUGAGCACAUUGGAAAAUGUGUUAUGUGUUAUAAGAUGACGAUGAUGGUGGUGAUGAUAAUUAUGAAGAUCAUGAUGAUAAUAAUUGUUUGAAAGAUGAUAGUGAAAGAAUUGAAACUGAACCUAUGAAGUAUAGUCUUUCAAUAUUCACUUUAGUUCUUCGGAAUGGUUUAUUUUCAAACACUAGUAUGUAUCGUUUUUAUAAUUAAACAUGUUGAAUUAUGUUGAGGAAGAAUUUUCUUUCUUGCUCAGCAAAUUAUAUUUGUCGUUGCGAUAUUUAUCAUCGCCAAUAUUACACAAUGCUUAAGUUCAUGUAUGAUAUUUUGUGAAUCUAUUAAAAUGAUGGUGCUCUUCGUGUCAGGAUCAUUCAUAUACAUCAUACUGAGCUAUAGAGUACAAGAGUGCUAACAUCAUACUCACUCGUCCUCCAGCUAACUGGUUCUAAACAAUAGGGCCUGCGCAUGAGGUUCACCGCGUAAUCAUUCGAGCAACGGGCGGGAGCAUGGCAAAUACAGUGUUUGGGGCUGGUGUGAUCAGGCCGUCAUUAUUUAUCACAACAUUGUUUGGAACCAACAAUCUGGACAACGUGGCAAGUAUGACGUCAUGAUUGGUAUACCCUAAUACUUCAGUCAGCUGCAAAACAUAGUGAAACUAAAUUCAAUCCUUUAUUAAACCUUACUUUAACAUACGAUUGAAUAGCAGCUGAAAAUACAUGAAAAUAUUUUAAAAAGUAUGAUUGUUCGUUUGAUUUCUGUGGAACUGUAAUCAGAAUUUAAGAAGUGUCCACAUAAAAGACAUAUUUUUGCGAUUUAGAAAUAGCUUUGUUAUAGAAAUUAAUGUCCCUGGUAAUAUAUUGACAUGUUUGUGUACAGUACAAGCUUUAUUAAGGUAUACAAUGCGAUGUGUAAUCUGUGUUUUGUACAGAGUAUGUGUUCUUAUUCAACAAAUACUGAUUCUUGGCUAGAGGCCUGGGUAAUAUUAUAUUAUGUUGUCAGUCUGAUAUCGGUGUGAUUGGUGUGACUGAGGUACUGUGUUAGUAAUACUAUAUAUUAUAACACACUUAUAUUGCGUCAUCUGUCUAGUAAAACUAUUCCGAGGUGCAUUAUAAAAGUAAGAAAGGAGAAAUACAUGAUAGACUACAGGAUGAUUUAAAUUGUGUUGAAUUAUAUUCAAGUAUGUGAAUAAAAGGACUGUCUUCAGAUUAGACUUAAAAGAAUCAGAAUUUUCUAAGGCACGGAUAUGAGCUGUUGAUGGGCUAUGGUGCAACAGAUUGAGGAUCUUACAAGGAGAGCGGAGUCGGACAGUAACAUGAAUAGUGUAUUUUUAACAAGAGUUUAUGUUUUACUAGUGAACGUAUUUUUGUGCAAAAUAGAAUUUUGAAUUGCCAUCGCGAUUAAUGAUCCAGCCGAUUGGAAUUAUUUUUCAUCUAUGUUAUAAAAAGUGAUUCUUAAAAUAGGUGUUUGAAAGCUAUAUCCUUGAGGUGAGGAUGUCAUUAAAAUAUCGAUUGUGAGGCUAUAAUAGACAAUGUAAGUGUAUAGUAAUUGAAAAUGCGUGUAUCGUCGUCAAAUAAUAUUAUUUUUAACGUUACGUUUGUAUUGCACAAGACUUAUAGAGCAGGUUUGAGUAUCAUCAUGGCUAUCACACAAUUAAAUUGUUUCAAAUUGUUUAAAGCCAAAGGCUUAAAAUGUUUUUAAGCGGCUAUAUUAAUUUUUCGUCUACUAAAUGAAGAGCCAAGUCAGAGUUUUUGCUCGUUAAUAAACGGUGUGCACUUAUUUUUUAUCUUACACACGGUGGUGAUAAGAUCGUUUGCAUAUACCUAUAUUAUGUUAAAAAAUGUGGGUCAAAUUUUGUUGAUGGUAUAUAGUGUGUCGUUUAUUAUGUGUGGAAAAUAUAUUCAUGUUUGUGUCAGGUUAUAUCUAACUUAUUUAACCAAAAUACCAUACGCUGGAUCAAAAUACAAAAACAUGAAUACAUGUUUCAUCAUAUCUGCUGCAUGUUAUUGCAGUCAAAAUCUUAUAAACAAAUAAUUGUUAUGUUAAAGACAUAACAUUUAAGGUCAGAAAUAAAUGAAGAAGCUCUAAACGAACAACUCAACAUUAUCUUCGUAGUGAGAGAGCUUUCAAGUGAACAAACUGUCAUUGAUGUGACAGUUUCAAACCAAUGGCACCUCUUUUAAACCAAAUUUUAAGAAUUAAAAAUGAUUUAAAAAUCAUAAUCUUAUUUCCUGUUCGAACGUUGGAAAUUAAAAGAAAAUGUAUAUCAUAAGUAUUACACAGGAGGUAUUUUUAUAAAUAUAACUUUAUAUCUCAACGAUUGAAUAGAUAUAUAGAUAUGUAAAUCAUGCAAAUGAUAUACGUAGUUAAAAGCGUUUGGAACUUUAUUAAAUGGGGUUUAUAUUCUGUAUGGUUAAUUGUUCUUAUUUACAUGAAAGAAGUUUAUGAAAGAAGGUAAUACAUAUCGUUACAUUUACUUUAUUUGUUGAAGAAGAAUGGGAAGUUUAGCAGAAAGGGGAAUAAGAGACGUUAUUAUGAGAGAUGAGUUCACUUUCCCCUCUCUGACUCGAAAGUAAGCACAUUACACUAUGGAGUACCCAGCUCAACC